CUGUAACAGCAUCACGGGACUAGUAUCCUACAUUCGAUUGUUUUGUUUCUGGAAGUGAAACAUAUUCACAUUGGACCAUCAGGAUGGAGUGUUGUGUGAAGGCAUGAAUAGACAAAGGAAUGCCACCUGUAGUCAGUAUAGUAAAGGGGACUAAUAUGUAUUUCGUUUAACAAGAUGGAGACGUCUAAUUUCUCUCAUGAACAAGAACAGCCGACCGAAGGAGUGCCCAUAACUGUCGAGAAAAAUGUCCUGAAAUCUCGCGAAAGGUUUGAGUCGUGUGAAGUUCCCGAUGAGAAAUCUCUUCUCAUUCCUCAUUCUUCAGCUGCAGGUGUGGCCAGGGGACAGUGUAAUACCGGGAAUGUGGAUCACGUCCCUCUCCAAAUUUACAUACUCGGACCUAUACUAGUUUCAAUGAGUUUUGGUUUUAUCACCAAUUCUCUGAUAUUUACACAACGCGUUUUUGAUAUUACUGAAGAAAAACUGUUUCCAGGAUCAAGUUGGAACCAAAGUAAAAAUGAAAGCAUAUGUUAUAAAAACCAAAGUUUUGAAGAGUAUUUAGAGGAACAAGAUGUCCAGCAAAUCACCUCCAUGUACAAUAUAUACGCCUCCCUCUGCUGUGGGAUUCCAGGAAUAUUUUCUAACCUCGUCUUCCUGGCGAUGAGUGACGUAUAUGGACGGAAACUAUUUAUAUUCAUAACUGUAACAGGACAAUUCCUCGCGACAGGAAUGCUUGCGAUUGGAAUGUACUCCAAUUGGAAUAUAUACAUCUUGCUUACCUUCCAGUUAGUGAGUGGGUUAACAGGGGGCGAGUUUACUUACCUUUCAAUAGGGUUUGCUGUCAUAGCGGACAUCACUCGAGCAGGGCGGUCAAGAGCAUUUGCCAUAGUGUUGACAGAGAUAGCUGUUGGUAUAGGAACCCUGGCGGGGUCUGCCAUAUCAGGCUACUUAAUACAUCUCCUUCACUAUAGAAUGGCCAUGGUAGUCAGCGCUUCUGUCGCGUGUCUCGGAGUUGUUGCUACGCUUAUAUUUCCAGAAACACUACAAAAAGAACAUUCACGGAAAUACAAUGUUUCACAAACAUUUAAAAAUAUAUUUCUGUUUUAUACUAAAGAUAUUUCAUCUGUUGGAAAACGGUGGAAGUUCAGGGCGUGUUUGGCGGCUCUGUUCUUCAUUUUUCUUUCUAAUUUCGGAAAGUUUGGCAUUGAGACAUUGUAUCAGUUGAACUCGCCGUUCUGUUGGACGCCGGUAAAGGUGGGCUGGUACACAACCCUCCGGACAGGACUUCCUCUCGUCAUUGGUAUGGGACUUGUCAAGCCCUUCCAGGCCUGUAUGCAGGAGCACGUGAUCGGUAUCCUGGGGUCCUUAUCCUAUACAGCAGGCUACGUUCUGGAGGCACUGGCAACCAAUGAACUCAUGAUGCUUAUAGUUGCCUUCGUCAGUUUUAUGGGUGCUUUACCCGUGCCGAUCAUCAGAGCAAUCAUGUCACAUAUGACACCUCCAGAACAACAAGGUUCCCUUUUUGCCGGAGUAGCAGCGGUGGAGACGAUUUGUGCUGUUGUGGGAAGCGUGACUGGCAACGCCAUCUAUUCCGCAACGGUUGAUUGGUUCCCAGGAUUCUCAUUUCUUCUAUUUGCUUGUUAUACUGGAAUAGCAGGUGUUUUUAUCAUUAUAUUAUUAAUUGAUUCAAGGUUGGAGAAGACAGAAACACAACAGAAGGUUCCGGUUUAAAUUAUUUCAGAAACACAACACAAAGUUCCAAUUUAAUGAGUAUAGAAACAUUACUGAAGUUUCCGGUUUAACGAGGUCAGAAACACAACAGAAAGCCCCGGUUUAAUGAGUUCAUAAACACUACAGAAAGCUCCGACUUAAUGAGUUAAUUUGAUUAAUAUCUGUAUUUUAUCCAAAAAAUAUGCUCAUUAACUUAUACUAUUAUAUCUGUGCUGUAUUACAAUGCUUGUUCAAAUAAAUUGAUAUUAUGGAAUUUGA